GGAAUCGAGACAACACUUGCUCCAAGUUUUUGUGCCAUGGAGAGUGACGCGUUUCAUCAUCAUAUGGCUGCCCUGAGCAGUGAAUUUCAGCAACUACGGCAAGAAAAUGCGUCACUCCAAAAGGAGCUGGACGUAUUGCGAGAGCAGCUCCAAGAUUUCCAGAAGGAGCAAAAGGACUCCAAGAUUGAGCGGCCUGAAGAGCACCUGCGAGAGCUUGCUCGCAAGGACUCGGACUCGGAGGGCUCCCUGCAAUCCCUGCGUCCGGCAGCACCGGUGCCGCCAGAUGCGCUGGUGGCUCCGGAACCGCUCGAACUGACACCGUUGCAAACAGAAGCUCAAGCUGCUGAAGGCCUUGAAGGUCUCCUUUUGGAGAAGGAGAAGCUAAAAAGCGAAGUGAAGCUACCACCGCCACCACCCAAGAAGACAAGGAUCAGCUUGGACGGUGACCAAAGUCCAUCAGAUUCAACAAGUCCGCAAGCGAAGCAGGUCCUUCCUGGGUGUGUGGAGAAUGAGGAACCUCAGGCUGCAACCGCAGAAGAGGCAGAAGCACCUGAGGAGCAAGUGACUACAAAGAAAUCCAUGAACACCAGGUACUCCUACGUAAAAGAUAUGGCAAUUCAAGAGCCAGAGGACAGUGAGGACCAUGCGACUUUCUACCUUCUUUUGGAUGUGAUCCCAGCCAUUGCUAUCUUGACGAGUGCUGUCGUGGCUGGCUUGAGCGCUGACAUUGACAAAGAUAGCGCACUUUGGAAAGUUCUUGAGAUAAUGUUCACCUUGUUCUUUUUCGGCGAGAUCGUGGUGAAGCUCAGAGUUUUUGGCUACAGAGACUAUUUGUGGGGCUCUGAGUGGUAUUGGUCGUGGUUUGAUGUGCUAUGCGUGAUCUUAGCCCUAAUAGAUAUUUCGAUUACCUAUGCCAGCCUCGCAAGUGGGCAAGGAGCCCAAGCGUCAGCGUGGGGUACUUUGAAGAUGCUGAAGUUGGCGCGACUUGGGCGCAUCGUGCGCCUAUUGAAGUUCAAGAUCUUUCAAGAAUUGAAGCUCAUGAUCCAAGGAGUUUUCACAGGCCUCAGAGUUCUUUUCUGGGCCAUUGUUCUUUUGGUGGGCUGCAUGUAUUUGAUGGGCGUAGUAGCCCGCACAAUGUUCAUGGACUUGGACGGAGAUGGAGGAGAAUUUGAUUCCGUCCCUGCAGCAAUGUUCACUGCUUUUCGCUGCUUCACAGAUGGCUGUUCCGCAACUGAUGGGACGCCUUUGCAGGAGACCCUGAGGAGGAAAUAUGGGGGAAUCUUCAUGAUGGUCUACAUUCUUCUCUUUCUAUUUGUCACCAUUGGAAUCUUCAAUUUGAUCAUGGCUGUAUUCAUUGACAAUGUCACAGAUGGUUGCACAAAGAAGAGGCAGCGGGAGCUCGGGCAAAAUGCGCCAAAGAACGCGUGGAAGAUCGCUGCAACUUUGAGAAAUAUCAUUCUUCAGAAGGUUCUCCGCAAAGUUGCUGAAGAUGAGGCGCGAGCAGAGGCGGCCAGUGGACCACCUGGAACCGCCCGACGAGUCUCAAAGAUCUUCAGAGAAAAGUGGGAAGAACUCCGAAACCUGUACAGCAAGCCAACCUCGACCUUUGAAUAUGCAGACUUGACUGAUAAGAUUCGGGAAGACAUGGCUGAAUAUGACGUAGUUGUGACCAGGGACGAGUUCAACCACUGGCUUUCCUCCCACGACGGUUUGCUUGAAACCUUGGAUGAUGCCGAGAUUGACUUGUCAUGCAAAUCAGAUUUGUUCGACGUUCUCGAUGCGGAUAUGAGUGGAGAGUUGGAGUUCGAGGAGAUGAUCGAUGGCUUGCUGAAAUGUCGAGGCCCCGCAUCAAAGACUGAUAUCAUCGCCAUCAGGCUGAAAGCUCGCCUGCUGGUUCGCAUGAUGACAGCCAUUUGCCAGAAGCUGGGCAUUGAGGUGUAAGCAAGUGGGUUAAUACAGGCAGUUGCCAUGGCAGCAUAUGGUAGUAGCAUGGCUUUUGUACAAAACGAUUUCACAAGGGGAAUUUGCUCUAUUUUCUGCCAAGCAGAGGAUUUUGCAAGUAUUUUUCAGGAGAGGUACAAAAGAAUGAGCGCCUCGAUGAUUUUUUGCAUAGGAUUGCCUUUAGGUUAUUAUUUUGAUGCAUGAUUCCUUAUGGCAUGUUAUUGACUAUAUUUUUUUU